GGCUGCUCCAUCCUCCGCCCGCCCCGCGCCCUGCCGCAGCCCCGGCGAGGGUGGCGCUGCCGGCAGGGCGGGGGAGGCGAGCGCCACGCGCGGCUGCGUCACUCCGGAGCCUCUGUUGCUGCCGCCGCCGCCGCCGCCGCCGUCCGUGCGGAAGGGGAGGCGCUGGGCUGGUCAGGCGGAGGAGCGGGCGAGAAGCCGGCGCGGCAGCGGCGGACGAGGCGGGGGCCGAGCAGGCUCCUCUUGUUGGCGAGGGAAGGAUGGUGAAGCUGGGCGGCCCUUCGGGCGAGAAGCGCAGCAAGGCGGCCCCGGCGGAGGACGGCUUCGACACCAUCCCGCUCAUCACCCCGCUGGACGUCGGGCAGCUCCAGUUCCCCGCGCCGGACAAGGUGGUGGUGAAGACAAGAACAGAAUAUGAACCCGAUCGAAAGAAAGGGAAAUUUCGUUCUCCCCGAAUUGCAGAAUUCACAGUCAGUAUCACUCAAGGCAUCUCAGAACGUUUUAAGGCGACCGCCCUGAUCCUGUUUGCCCUGGCCUUCCUCGCCUGUGUCGGGUUCCUGGUGGUCUACAAGGUCUACAAGUACGACCAGGCCUGCCCAGAAGGUUUCGUCUUCAAGAACAAUCAAUGCAUUCCAGCUGGAUUAGAGAGCUACUACUCUGAGCAAGACUCUAGCGCUCGAGGAAAGUUCUACACGGUGAUCAACCACUACAACCUGGCCAAGCAGACCAUCACCCGGUCAGUUUCUCCAUGGAUGACGGUGCUUUCGGAAGAGAAACUUUCCGAGCAGGAGACGGAGGCAGCCGAGAAACCUGUUUAGGGGGAGGGGGAGUCCGGUGGGGAAGGGUCCGGAGGUGGUUUUCAUGGAAUGUCUCAUUGUUAGGAUCACUUAGAGGUUGCUCAUAAUUUAUUGUGUAAUUGCUUUGGUUGCUGCCAACUGCUUUGCAAAACGGAGCAAGGAAAAAGAAAACGGGGCUCUUUAAUGGCCCCGGGCACAUCAGCAUUGCUUCAGAGCUCCAGCACCAGUUUCUCCUUCCGUGGCAUCGGACGUAGUAGGCGCAUUCUUGUAAUUUAGACAUCUGACAGAGUUCCAUUGGGGCAGGGCUUGUGGGGUGUGUGGGAUGACGUGCUUCUUACCGUGUGUCCUCGUGCUUUGUUUCCCUUUAAACCGGCUCUGAAAUCCCAACAUUCACGGGCAUGGCUUGCAGCUCCAAAAUGAAGACCUAGAAAUAAAACCGCCUUCUGGUUUUGCUCCCUCCAUCCAUUACGACCUUUAGGCUUAAUUGCUUCCGUUAUGGCAUGAACUUCACUCUUCCCACUACAUGAACGGCUCUUGUGCAAACAAAAUAGAAAUUAGGCAUUCAAGAGCCGUAUCGUUUUAAUGACAGAUUAGGAGUUUUAAUUAAAAAGGACAACAUAUUCUGAGGGGCAGAUAAACAAGACAGAAACUCUUCAGUCCCCCAUACAAUCUGCGUAACUAGAAAGGACGUAUUUCAUUAGAACGGCCUUUUUUGGAAACCUCAACGUUGUGAAAUGCCCUUUGCUGGCAGCCUUCUUUUGGCCUUUCCUGGCCCUUCCCUGCCAGGGAAUCGCUGGGAAGAGACAUCGGUUCCCUUGAGCUCAGUGGGAUCUUGAUGUCAGCCGGCUGAGGAAUUGAGGGCCUCCAAGGAGGGCAACAUCCAGGCGAUUCAAAGGCACCUGGGAGGGAGGGAGGGAGGGGGAAGAGGGCAAGACUACUUUCUGGACGUAAGCUCACAGGGCCAGGUACAGGCUUACUGUCUGACAGGCUCCUCCUACACGAUGGAAAUUAAGACCUUCCGAUGCGCCUCCCCCAGAGAGUUUGGCCACUGGAGCCCCUACAGCCGUAAACCUGACCUGCUUCUCCACCGCUAAUCCCUGUAGGGAUAGGACAGCAGCAGCACAUUUUAAUCUGUGAAUCUCUCCUAGGAUAGGAGAUGGUUGGAAAAGCCCUGCCCUGCCCCUAGGAAGGCCCCCCCCCCCCCGUCAGACUCUGGCGCUGACUCGGAUGCUCUUCUCAAUUGCAGGUUGUAGCUCACAAAACUGCUGCCAUUUUUGUUCUUCUGAAUGUGUUGUUUCCCAGUGGAAUGUCAAAAGUUUCAUUAAUUUUACAGAAACACACUUUAAAAUCCACGUCUUUUUUCCCCCCCUAUACUUCUACAAAAACAAACAUGGUUCUGGGUUUUAUAUUUCCUUCCAGACCUUUUUUUUUUUUUUUGCAUUGAUCUAUUUGGAAAACGCCAUUUAUGGUUUUGUUGGAAAUUUUAUUAUUAAAUAUAGUUACAUAUUGUACAAUUUUUGGUAUGUAAUCGCUGCUGCGUGGAACACAUAAAAAGCAAUAACUUGUGUGCCAAAUCUUUCAUUUGCAUUAAGGAGUUCUCUCUUGUCCACACAGCACCAUGUUUCUAUUCCCUAGUGGUCAGUACUUCCACCGAACUCACAUGUAACUUUUGACAUUUUCACUCUGUGUGAAAUAAAAUAGUAUGCUCCAGUCUCAAACUCCGUAUGUUUAAAUAGAUGUUUGCAGCGGCGAAGAGGAAAAGAAAUGAAGGAUUCCAAUCACCCUAC